AGGUGGCAGGCAGCGCGCGGCUCAGGCUGGCAGAGGAUGCUCAUGGUGCGAGCGCUCGCUGGGUCCAGGAGGCAGCGCAGAGAGAAGUGAGGCUGGGGGCCGGCAAGCAGGUGACCCCGCUGAGCGACCCCCAGCGCCUGUCCCCCAAGAGACACUGGCCCAGGCCAAACAGCGGAUCCUUCCUUCACCCUCUGCCCGGAGGAGCCUCCCGCUCCUAGGCCCAGACGCCCCUGGACAAUUCACCGGUGGCCCCCUUGGCCAGGCUGUCCGCUGCUGACUGCAGCCGACCCCUCGCUGCUGCUGAGCCAGCCUCACCACCCACUCGAGACAUUUUUCGGGGGGUUCCAUUUAGCUGUUGACUUUGCAACCGAGCCCAUUGACCAUCCAGCUUGCAUCUCUCCCGGCUUCCUCCCCUCGCCCCUGGGAAAACGCGAUGAAAGCAGCGGCUUAGCCUUCCCCGCUGGCCAGGGCAGCGCGAGGGCCAGGCAGAGGCCAUAGGAGCGUGAACCAGAGCUGCCGUUCGCCAGGACACAAGUGACUCAAAGCUGGGAGAGAGGGAGGGGGUGGCUCGUGCUGCAGCCGGUGCCCCUGGGUCAGCCUGGAGGCGAAGAACAACGCAUCCUCACUCCUCAAUAUCCGGGGGGAAAUAAACCCUAAUUGGCUUCAUUUGGCAGCUGGCUUGCGGUGGGCUCUGGAGGUGGCAGCGCCUCCUGUAGGUCACAGUCAUGCAGUGCAGGGUUCAGAGACUCCAGUGACGGUGAGGAACAAAUCAGAAGCCACCGGCUAACUGGGGCUGUGCCCCUCCUCACCUGAGCUCCUUCUCUGCCACAGGGCUCGGUGCCCAGCCCAACUCCCAGCCUGUGGCUAACGGGAGAUUCCCUGGCGGCUGCCCCGAGAGGCUGCACUCCUCUGGGCUUGCUGCUGCCUGGCUGGAACGAGCCCUCAUCCCAUAACUUUUCCCGGGGCUGCAUCUGAGUCCGGUCUCCACCCAUCACAGCCCUGGAUGCUCUUUGCCCCUAAAUCCAGAUCUUAACUCCACGUUCUGCCUGUCCGUCCUACCACCGACUCCUCCAAACAAGGACCCUGCCAUCCCACCUUGCGCCAGGAUGAACGAGAUCCCGGACCUGGCAUCCCAGUCCUCCCUGGGGGUGGUCUCUGCCACCUGUGUCUCCAAAGUGGAGCUGCGGGUCAGCUGCAAACACCUGCUCGACCGGGACACACUCAACAAGUCAGACCCCUGUGUGGUGCUGCUCAUGCAGUCCCAGGGCCAGUGGAUGGAGGUGGACAGGAGCGAGAUCAUCAAGAGCAACCUGCACCCCGUCUUCUCCAAGGUCUUCACAGUGGACUAUUACUUCGAGGAAGUGCAGAAGCUGCGGUUUGAGGUGUACGACAGUCAUGGGCACUCCAGCCUCGGGACACACGAUGAUGACUUCCUGGGGGGCAUGGAGUGCACCGUGGGCCAGAUCGUGGCCCAGAAGCGGGUGACCAAGCCGCUGUUUCUUAAGUACGGGAAGUACGCCGGCAAGUCCACCAUCACGGUGCUGUCAGAAGAGAUUUCUGGCAACAAUGGCUACGUGGAGCUGGCGUUCCGGGCCAAGAAGCUGGAUGACAAGGAUCUCUUCAGCAAGUCGGAUCCUUUCCUGGAGCUCUACCGGAUCAACGACGACAGGAGCGAGCAGCUGGUGUAUCGCACUGAGGUGGUCAAGAACAACCUGAGCCCUGUCUGGGAGCCGUUCAAGGUCUCGCUGAACUCGCUGUGCAGCUGCGAGGAGAUGAGGAAGCUGAGGUGUGUCGUCUGGGACUACGACUCCCGGGGAAAACACGACUUCAUCGGAGAGUUUUACACCACGUUUGAGGAAAUGCAGAAAGCGAGUGGGGAGAACAAGGUGCAGUGGGACUGCAUGAACCCAAAGUACAAAAUCAAGAAACGAAAUUACAAGAACUCAGGCGUGGUCAUCUUACUGGAUCUGAAGCUCCACAGGGUCUACUCCUUCCUGGAUUACAUCAUGGGCGGAUGCCAGAUCCACUUCACGGUGGCUAUUGAUUUCACAGCGUCGAACGGGGACCCCCGGAACAGCUGCUCUCUACACUACAUCAACCCCUACCAGCCCAACGAGUACCUGAAGGCACUGGUGGCAGUGGGAGAGAUUUGCCAGGACUACGACAGCGAUAAGAAAUUCUCCGCCUUAGGGUUUGGUGCAAGGAUCCCGCCCAAGUACGAGGUUUCCCAUGAUUUCGCCAUCAACUUCAAUCCGGAUGAUGACGAGUGUGAAGGAAUUCAGGGCGUGGUGGAAUCCUACCAGAACUGCCUGCCAAAAAUCCAGCUCUACGGCCCCACCAACGUGUCCCCCAUCAUCUCCAAGGUGGCCAGGGUGGCAGCGGCGGAGGAGAGAACGAAGGAGGCUUCUCAAUACUACAUCCUGCUGAUCCUGACGGACGGGGUGGUGACCGACAUGGCGGACACGCGGGAGGCCAUCGUGCGGGCCUCCUACCUCCCCAUGUCCAUCAUCAUCGUAGGGGUGGGCAACGCGGACUUCACCGACAUGCAGAUCCUGGACGGGGACGACGGGGUCCUGCGCUCCCCGAAGGGGGAGCCCGUCCUCCGGGACAUCGUGCAGUUCGUCCCCUUCAGAGAGUUCAAGAACGCCUCACCCACGGCCCUGGCGAAGUGCGUGCUGGCCGAGGUGCCGAAGCAGGUGGUGGAGUAUUACAGCUACAAGGCCCUGCCGCCCCGGUGUCCCAAAGCCGAUUCGCCCAACUCCACCCUCAACUCGCCCCAGUGAGGGACCACCCCUCCAGCGCCCCUGCCCUGCUGUCGUCCCUCAGCCUGGCCCACGAUGGACAAAGAAAUAAAAGGCAAAGGAGAGCAAGAGUGUGUCACUGUCUGAAUCGUACAAGCUCCCUGCAGCAGCAAGUGCAGGGCCCCAGGCAGCCUCCCCCCACUGCCAUAUGCCACGCUGCACCCCCUGCCUCCCCCGGCCGUCUGAAGGACCCAGACAGCGAGCUGAGCCAGCAGUGCACAGGCACAUAGGAAGUGUGAGGUGGGUGGGGGGUGCCUUGCCGGUUUCUCACUCAGGCGGGGUCCCUGCUUAGUUUGACAAUGAGCUUCUAGGCAUGAUGCAGUGACCUGGCCUUGGAUGCGGAGAGGUGGGUGUUUACAGUGUGAUGGAAUCAGGCAGGCAAGGGGAGAGAGGGUGGCAGUGGCUGGUCAGCCAGCAGAGAGUGAGUGAGGGGCUGGCUGGACCGGGGGGGGGUGGUGAGGACCAGAGCCUGCUGCCUCCAGAGCACAGGUUUGGUGGUCCCAGGAGUACUAGGAAUGGGAUAGGGAGCCUGGCUCGUGGGCUCCAGUGGCUGACAGCUCUUGGGUGAGUGACCCAUUUGUGCAGUGAGUUUGCUGGUUCUCAGGCAUCCCCAGCACCCAGUGUCUAAAGGGCUGGCUCAGUUCUGGAAAUAAAAUUUCUUAGUGAACUGGGAGACUCCCUCUGACUGGCUGCUUCUCUCCCUUCCCCGCCUCUGGGGGAAGAGCAGCCAAUCAGAUCUGCUGCAGGGAAUACACACCUAUGCACUCAAUGUUGAGGCCCCUCUGUCCGCUCUCACACUGCUUGAUUUCCCAUCUUCUGCCCAGAACGCGGCUGGCAUCCCCAGCCCUGGACCAGCAGCCUCCCUGACUGUGGAUCAUGUCAGCAUCCCCCAGGAGUAGCCUCUGCUGCCUGUCAAAGAAACCUGGAGAGCAACCUGACCAUCCUUUGCAAUGGGUCUGGAGUGGCCUCUUACCUGGAUGGCUUGUGCCCAGCACAGCAGACGUGCUGGGGCCCCAGUUCAUUGGGCUGAGGCCAGGUGAGAACUCCCAAGGUGGCGUGAGCUGCCCCCAUAACAUGGCGCGUGCGAGCUGACAACAGUUCUGUUGCUGCCUCUGUCUGCCUCUCUCACCUGAGACCGCCCAGAGUGUGGCCCAUGUCCUGCCCCCCCUGCACUGCGCUGAGCCCCAGAAGCAGCUGGUUGCUGGGCAUUUCCCAGCCACCCUUUGCAUAUCAUAUCUGAGUAUUUUAAUGAACAACAAAAAUAACCAGGAAAAUAUAUGAACCCCCAUCUUGACUGGCAGGGUCUGAUCUGCUAGGAGCCCCUCCCACCUCUGACAGCAGAGCAAUCUCAUGGCAUGGGGAGAGAGAACGAAGAGGGAGCUCGGUCCGGCCCAAGGGACAGCUGCUUUGCCAGCUUUGCCUCCAGCCUGUGCAGCGAAGCGGUGACAUGGGCAUGGCUAGGCCAAAGCUGCCAGUGAAAGGGAUCCCCGACCGCUUAGUAUUGCCACUUCCCCGUCAAAUGCAUGAUGCUAGCUGGGCUCAUUCACGUUGCCAGUGGAGGCGCUGUUCCCAGCUGUGCAUAGUUUUCCAUGUACCGUGUGCUUGUCUGUCACUUAGCGUCUGCAUGACGAAUCUCCUGUUCCUGCUGUAUGGGUGGAAUGAGCCAAUAAAGGCAAUGUUGUAUUCCCCCCUGUGUUGGUACAUUUUAUUGAAAGCUGCCUGAGCAGAGCAGAGGUUCCCCGCUACUUGGGAGUCCUCUGUGCCCCCCUCGGUGCACCAAGUUAGGCACUGCUGUCCCACAGCAGGAGUAUUUCUGCCUGACCCCCGUGGCGAUCAGCUCCUCCCCUGAAGUUUGAUGAUUGAUGGCCCUUUCCAUUUGUAGUCUCAUUGAUGUCUCAGCAGAUGCUCCACUUGGUGGUGAUACUCUUUUACAAAAAACUGGGAAAUUCCCACCUACAAAACGUUGUUACCUUACAGGUCAAGUUGCCAGAUGGCAUACUCCACAAUGUGAAUGGCAAGCUGAUGUACCAACAUUUAAGUGGAACCCGGUAGCCUGGUAGCCCUCCCAGCUACAAGUUGGCUCAUUCAUUAUGAUUAUGGUAUCUAUUAAAUGGAUUAAAAACUGGCUAACUGAUAGAUCUCCAAAUGCUCUAUUAAUAAGGAAUUAGCUGGUGUGUUUCUAGUCGGCAGCCCCUGAGACUGGUACCCAGUCUAAUGCUAUUCUAUAAUUUUAUCAGUGACUUGGGAGAAAAUAUAAACUUGUUGAUAAAGUUUACAGACUCUACAAAGCUUGGUGGGGAGGUACAUAAUGCUGAGGACAUAUGGCAAUCUGGGUGGCUUGGUAAGAUGGGUAUAAUAAAACACCAUAGCUUUAACACAGCUAAAUACUGGGCUAUCUAUCAAAGAACAAAGCAUGCAGGUCAUGUUUAUAGGCUGCAGAACUGUACUGGGGGAAGCAGUGAUUGACAAAGAUUUAGCAGUCCUGGAGGAAAACAACUGAUCACGUGCUCCCAGUGUGAUGUGGUGGCCAAAAGGGAGCUGGCGGUAUUUAGAGAUACACUUUAUCUCUGGACAUGGAAUAUAGGUUACAAUAAAUAGUAAUACUGUCUACGGAAUGGGUGAGCUCUGUACUGAAACACCAUGUCCAGCUCGGGUGUCCACACUUUUAAAAGGAUGUUGAAAAAUUAGAGCUCAGUCAAGAGCUCCAUGAAGGAGAUGCACCUUCCCAUGAGAGACUAAAAGAGCUCCAUCUCUAUAGCUAUCAAGGAAAAGGUUAAGUGGUCAGUUGGCCACAGUGCCUAAGCACCUACACAAGGAGAAGGUAUCUGAUAGCAGAGGGCUCUUUCCUCUAGCAGAUCAAGGCAGAACAAGAUUCAAUGGCUGGGAGGCAAAAUCAGCAAAGUUCAGCCUAGAAAUAAGAUGCACAUUUUGAAAGUAAAGGGAAUUCACCCUUGGAGCUGCCGGCAGAGUCUCCAUCUCUUGGACUCUUUACAUCAAGGCCGGAUGUUUUUCUAAACCGCCUGGUGCAGCCCGACCACAGACUAGGGUGCAGGAGUGAGCGGGUGGGACUGGCUGGCCUGGCUUAUAGAGGAGUCAGACGAGAUGCUCUUAAUGGUCUCCUCUGGCCUUAAGAUCUAUGAACAUGCCCCACAGUCUCUGCACCACUGAAAUGGAGACUGUGGCUGCUGCUUUGAGGUUUCCCAACAAUGGGCAUUAGGUACCCAAAUAUCAUUCAGGAUCUGGGCCAAUGGCCCUGACAGGAUUCCUUCAUGUUUUACCAUGGCAACUUCAAAUCCUGCCUCCAACUGGAACACAGAUUCAAUCUGAUUUAAUUUGUUAUAGCACUGAGAGCCCCAUGUUCCGCGUGGUAGAAAUUCCCCUGUGUCUAACUGUUUCCUGAGACUUGCUAAACUCAGUAAUAUCCCACAGCAAUGCGUUCCGCUGGUUAAUUACACAGUGCAGAAAAGCACAGCUCCGCCGGGCUCCUGCUCAUUGAUUUUUCUGCAUGGAGACCAGCGACCCCAAUUAGGAAUGAGAUUGGCGUUCGUGCAAAGCAGGAUGAGGACGGCAUGCAUAUUUAACAUGGAUUAGUCACAUUAAAGCAGGGAGACCUUUGAAUUUAAAGCUGCUGCACUCUGUAGCAGCAAUGGCUUUAAAGUCGCUUCCAAGCUGCCCCAGCUGUGAUUACUCUGAGUAUCUCUGGCUUUUUCAUUUCUCUCUGCCCUGCUUUGCAGCCUGACAAAUGAACCAGGUGGGGUUUGCUCCCGGGGAAUCACGGGGUCAAUGACCCUGCAAAUUCAGGUAAGAGGGGAAGAGCCCCUCCCACAAGCCUUUAAAGUGACAGCUAGGGUCAGAAAAGGGCCCCUGGUUCCUGCCUUUCUCUGUCCCCACCCCAAUCCCUUCUACCUCCGUUACCGACAAACCCAGGGGUCCUGUGCUGCCCAUCCGAGGUGACCUGCCAUAGAGCCAGCUGCAUUCGACCCUCCUUCCUGCCUCAGCAACAGCACUUCUGGGUGGUCCCUCUGCCAGCCUCUUUCUUCCUGGUGCCGCAUGGCACAGACAGCGCCCGGCAUGCUGAUGGAUUGCAUGAGGUGUCGGAUCAUGACUGGGACGCAGGCGACUGCCAUGCUGAGCCCGCCGAGGGCUGCAGGAGUCAUUAUCCCAGAGCAUGGCAUGGGGCCUGCCCAUCUCCUGCAGAGCUGCUCUAGAGACCAGAUAAUGGCUUUGUCAAAGCCCCUCGCCCACCACAGCACCAGCUGGAGCUCUGUGUGCAUCUCCCCCUAGGUGGGGAGGUUGUCAUCAGCUGGGGAGUGCCUUGGGGCAGAGUCUGGGUCUCCUCGUGCAGGACCCUGCACGGGGCCUUUGCAGGACAACCAGCUGGGGGAGUGACUUCCAGAGCAGAGCUGCUCCCCUUGAAUGGGCCACCUCCCACAAGCUAGCACAAGUGUUGGGGACCACAGGCUCCAGGACAGUGCUAUAACUGGGGAUCUGCCCCCCCAGGAACAAGUUCUUACUCAGGAGACACCCCCGCCCCGUUAUUACAUACGCUCUGGGGCUGGAGCCAGGGAAAAACGGCCCACCAGGUCCAGCAGGAUUGUGACUGGCCUGGAGGCUGCUCUGCUUUCUGGCAUUGCUAAAGCUGCAGAACAAGUGGCCCUGGAGGAAAUGCUCCCCUCCACCCCCCCUGCAGAAUCCUGCUUGACCCAUUUGGCCUGCUGUUUGCUCCAAAGUGCAAGCUGCAGCCAUGUGCUCUCCUGGCCCUCUGCAGGGCAGUGGGGUGGGUCUAUACAGCAGGUGUCUCUGUGAAAUGGGUUUUUUCCCUAGCAUGUGCCGAGAGCACUGGGGAAGUACCCUGCAUGCAGUGGCAGCAGCAAAUCCAUAUCCCUGUUUGCCAUGGCAGCCUCCAACCUGCUGCCCGUCAGCCUCACCUGUGCUGUCACCAGCUGUGUGGCCAUCCUCCCUCUGCCCCUGCUCCCUUCUGCAGUCUCGCUCCCGUGAUCUUCCCAGACUGCCUUUCUGGUGCCCCCUCCGUGCCUGGAAUUCAGCCCCCCCAGUUACUCUCUGCACAACGUGACUCCCCACUACCCUGAGUGCCCCCGUGCUGCUGGCAUGGGCUCUACACUGCUCUGAGACAUCCCUUUUCCAAGCCCAGCCCCAGAGCUCGGCAAAAAAUGGUUGCUUCAAAUGCCACUUAGCUGAAACAUUUCUUGGGCCCAGGAUGGAAUUUCUGGUCACAGAGAAAGGGGGCCCUGGAAGAGCCUGUGGCCCAGUGGUUAGGGCAUGUAUCGGGGAUGUGGGAAAGCCAGGUUCCGUUCCUUGUUCUGGGGUGGGGAACUUGAAUGUGGGGCUCUCACAUCCAGCAUGAGUGGCUUGGCCCCCAGGCUCUAACUAUGCUGGGUGAGGCUUGGCCGCUUGUGUUUUUUUACAAAAAAAUUCCAAAGGUCUGGGUUUGUCCCAGUGGGAAAUUAAACAAAUUUCACAACCUCCAUUGUUUUCACAAACCAGGAAUCUGGCUUUCUGGCCUCCUGGCGUGGGUUGGAAUGGGGAGGGGGAUAAACCUGGGCUGUGAGGCCAUGAACCUUGGAGGACACUUCUCUGCUCUGUCCUGCUGCAAAGAGCAACUUCACCUCUGCAAGAAUCCUCACACACCGAGCCCAGCUGGCUACAGUGGAAUGCACUUGGAAUGGCUCUGUGUGUGUCUGUGAGUGUAUGUGUCCUUCCUUGCUCUCUGCUGGAUGGAAUCAGGAAUCAGCUGUGUGUCAUAGGCCCUAUACUGCCAACAGCUAACAGAGAUUUCCUUUUAGUGAGGCAGCUCUGUACUUUAGCAGCAGGACGGCCUGCAUUCUCCCUCUGAUGUGGGUGGGGAGUUCUGCUGAGUGUGGCAUGCAGAAGUUGCAGUACUGACCUGUCUUGGGGCUUCCCCUCCCCAGCAUCCCCCCGUGUGAGAUUCUGCUGUGAUGGCAAACUCCUGUGUGUUUGGCAUCCAAAUCUGUUGCCAUGGAGAUUGUUCUGAUGCCACAGAUUCCACAUCUUGCUUCCGCAGCAGGGUUGGCAGGAGGAGCCAGGCUGGGAGACAGCAGAUCUUGGGGUACAGCCCUGAAGAGCCAGUGUAAGGGAGAGCAGCCCUCCCGAAGAGCUUCAGUGUCUGACUCACGGGGUGAGCAAAUGCAAUGGCUUGCGGGUGAGGCUGAGGGAUGUGAAACCAUCUCUGCAAACAGCGUGGGCUGAACAGCCCUGGCGCUCCGGUGAGCUCUGUACAGGAAUCCAGGCUGCCCGUGUGCAGCUCGGAGCCAGCGCCUCGUGGGCUGAUGGAACACACUGCUAAUCACAAGGGGCAGGAGUAUUUCGGGUUAUGGCAGAGAUGGGCACAGCAGCAUUGGCCGUGGCAGGCGUACCACGGGCAGCUGGAGGGCCUGGCACAAGGGGCAGGCCAGAAGAAGCCCUCCAGCCAAUGGUGGUACUCAGAUGAGACAAGGGCAGAGUGGCCCAGGACAGGCAGGGAUAGUGGUGCCUUGUCUGUGCUCUGUUAUGGAUUUUGAUUCAGAUGACCAGACUCUCCUCAUCUCCUCCUCAUUAUCUGUGGCUUCGAGAUGCUCUGCAGGAGUGAGACUCGGCCCCCCAUAAAAUCCUCUCCAGCACUCGGGGCUCGGAGGGAAGCUUUACGAGGAAAUUCCAUUGGCCCAGCAUUCGCGAGCCUGCAUGCUAAGGACUCUGCAGCCUGCGAGCCCGAGGCAGCCGCUUCUCUGCCAGGCUAUGCUCUGCACGCUCCCCGUGGUCAACCAGCUCCUGACUGCACCUCAGCCCCUGGCUGGAGAAGCCUUGGCAAGUUGCACAUCCUACUGUACCCAGUAUGCAGCUCUGCGGGCAGAGUGAGGUCCUAGUCCUCGCCCUUUGGAAGAAGCCAUAGGUUUCCUCCCCACAUCUUCCAGGCAGCGCUGGGCAGUGUGGACCUGGAGCCCCUGCAUGUUGGAGGGGACCACCACUGAAGAAGCAGCAGAUGUUUCUACCCAAACACUGAGCACAGCUCUGAAUCCCUCCCCCCAUAACAGUUUUCCAGCCCAUAAGAGAAAACUACCUCUCCUUCCCCUCAACGCUCCACAGGCAGGGAGGAGCCAUGGUAUGCCCCAGGCAGCCCCAGGCAUGAAGAUACAGGCCCUGAUUCAAGCAAAGCACUUUAGCACAUACGUGACGCUGUGGACAGAGCAGCCAUUUGUCUCUUCUCCGGACUGAACAAACCCACGUUUUUCAAUCUUCCCCCGUAGGUCAUGUUUUCUAGCCCUUUAAUCAUUGUUGUUGCUCUUC